AUGUCGCAGCCGUUCCACUACUGCGCCGCCGAAAGACCGCUUGCGGCUGUGGGAGGGGAAGUAGCGUGCGGCAGGGCUCCCUGCGCCGGCCGGCCGCCAGCGGCAGCCGCAGGCGACACCCACGCCGGCCACAGACAAUUACACGACCAGAGCGGGACCACUCAUGUCUCCAGUAACGACUUACACAACCCCUUAAACCCCGAACUGGUUAUUUUGGCGGCCGGCGACACCUCCUCCUCCUCACGACCCUCCACGACGACCCUCCACGACGACCCUCCACGACGUCCCUCCACGACGACCCUCCACGACGACCCUCCACGACGUCCCUCCACGACGACCCUCCACGACGUCCCUCCACGACGACCCUCCACGACGACCCUCCACGACGACCCUCCACGACGUCCCUCCACGACGACCCUCCACGACGUCCCUCCACGACGACCCUCCACGACGACCCUCCACGACGACCCUCCACGACGUCCCUCCACGACGACCCUCCACGACGUCCCUCCACGACGACCCUCCACGACGACUCUCUCGGCGGCGAACCAGCACCAGUUGGCGCCAGAAAGCCGUAACCAGCUGUGA